CACCUAUAACAUCGUAGGCCAUAUAUAACAACAGAUUAGGAUUAUAUUUCCUACACCGGGAGAAUAUCAGGGACAAAGCAAGUCAAUCCUAAGGUCUGCUGGCAAUGCAGAUGUCAUCUAUUUGAAAGAGUAUUUCGCCAGGUUCUUGCACAGGAUACAUAUAAAAGCAAGCUGUCUUUCUAUCGUCCCCUUCAGAAUUAUUUUGGGAAGCCCAAAUCACAUCUCACAAAGAAUGCGUCUCUCCUUCAUCCUCGCUGUUAUUGCUGCUUUCAAGUUGACCGUGUCUAUGCCUGUCGCUGACAGUAAAUGUCCCAUCACUGGCAUGUGCGACCCGUGGGCAGAAGGCUCAUGCUGCCGUGGCGGCAUGGUAGGCUGGGAGGAUACUACUGUCAUAGUAACGCUGAGCCACCGAAUGACGUGUAAGGCUGGGUAUGAGUUCGAAGGGGAUCGCGAACAGAUCGACGUAGUUGCGAAAAGUAUAGCCGAUGAUGACGACACAAGACGUUUAGAGGCGGAGACUUUCGUUGCAGUGUUUGGACGUGCUUGGAAGCGGGAAUCAGCGCAUGGAAUUCUGCUGCCAGUGGUAGCGGUACGAGUGUACAUGGGCUGUAUAUAUACGUUUUCGAAAGGUUGACUAGGCCAGAAUGAGCAUGAGGAGCAUAUGGUGAAGGUGGAGAUGAACGGUCAAGGCAAGGGGACCGUGUAGUCUGAGACUCUGAGCACAAGGUAAGAUAAUG